AGAAGGGUAACCGACGCGUGCCAGCAUGGGCGACCCAAGUGACAGCGGUGAGAUGGUGGCAGAGGGAGAGGAAAGACUACCUGGUACCAUGCAGGAAGCUGAGACAGAACCAGCGAUCAUUCAAGAAGGUAAUACAGAGCCUGGCGCCAUUCAGAAAGGUGGCAAAGUGGAAUAUGCCUUGCAUGAGGGUGCCAGUGAGCGACCUACCAGCGAGGAAGGUGUCAGUGAGCGACCUACCAGCGAGGAGGGUGCCCAUCGAGAACCGAAUCCCAGCCAGGAGGGUGCCAGAGAGCCAGGCGCCAGCCAGGAGGAGGGUGCCAGAGAGCCAGGCGCCAGCCAGGAGGAGGGUGCCAGAGAGCCAGGCGCCAGCCAGGAGGAGGGUGCCAGAGAGCCAGGCGCCAGCCAGGAGGAGGGUGCCAGCCAGAAGGAGGGUGCCAGAGAGCCAGGCGCCAGCCAGGAGGAGGGUGCCAGAGAGCCAAGCGCCAGCCAGGAGGAGGGUGCCAGAGAGCCAAGCGCCAGCCAGGAGGAGGGUGCCAGAGAGCCAGGCGCCAGCCAGGAGGGUGCCAGAGAGCCAAGUGCCAGCCAGGACAGUUCAAGCCAGGAGGACACUACAGAACCAGGUACCAUCCAGGAGAACCUUCACAUUUCUACCAGUCAGGAGAGCACCAGAGAUCCUACUGCUGGGCAGAUAGUGGGCAUGGAGCCAAGCAGUGCAAUGGAAGAGAAUGGUUUGGACCCUUCAGAACCCCAUCAUGAAACCGAAGAACAUGCUGCAAUCCCAAAAGAUGAGCUGGAGCCAUCCGAGGAGACAGACCAAGAACCCAAAGAAGAGACUCUUUUAGAACAGGAAGAAGGUGAAGAAGAAACUGAACAGGAUCAAGAGCUGGAGGCUGAUGAAGAAGAGAUUCGAGAAGAACUGAUGCAUGAGUAUCAUGCUCUGGCCCAGGACCGUGAUAAAAUCCAGCAGCACAAUGCUCAGCUCCAGCACAAGCUCUACGAGUAUUUCCGCAAGAAGAAAGGAGAGGAGACCCGCUCUGAGACGUCGAAGCACAUGGCAGACCAGGAGCAACGCUACCUCAAGUACUUGGCCACCCUGGAGGAGAUGAGAAAGAAGUACAAAGAAGAAGCCACUUUCCAUCAGCAGCAGAUAGAGGAGCUGAAGGCCCAGUGUCAGGACAUUGUAAGUAAGGUGGACAAAGAGUGGAUGGCUUUCCAAGAACAGAAGAAGAAGAUUGCCCUCUGCAGCCUCAGCAAACGAGGAGCGGGGAAGCAUGCAGCUUCCUCCCUUAUCCAAGAAAUAGACUUAUUACAAUCCAGGGAAGAACGCAAGGAGAAGGAAGUCAUCCAGGUCCGCCUAGAGAACAUCAAGCUGAAAAAUCAGAUCAGUCGCUAUGAGUCCACCCUCCGCUCCAAGGAGGAGUUGGCUGAAGGUUUGCACCUCAUCGACUUUGAGCAAUUGAAAAUUGAAAACCAGAACUACAACGAGAAGAUCGAAGAAAGAAACGAGGAGCUGCUGAAGCUGAAGAAGAAGAUUACCAACACUGUGCAAGUUCUCACUCACGUCAAGGAGAAGCUCCAGUUUGUCCAGGCUGAGAAUCAGAAACAAAAAGAGAGACUCAUGGAGGUCGAGGCCUUGGUGGGCAACAAAAGGGACAUCUUGACCAAGACCAAACAAGCCAGGGAUAGUUUGAGGAUGGACAACCUGAAACUCAAGCAGAAAUGUGGCCUGCUGGGUAACAAGGUUCUUCUCAGGGACUUUGAGGACAAGGUGGACGCCAUUGAGGAACGUAGUCAGACCCUGGAGAAUCUGAAGCGUCGUCAUGCAGAGCUAACUCUGUCCAGUAAAGGGUUAAUGAAGAAGAUCAAUGAGGCCAAGAUGGUUAUGGAGGGCUGAAGUUUCCCAAGUGACCUCUGUUUCUUGGAGAAGUAAUAAAUUCAGAUGC